AGAAGUAAUUGAUCAGAAACUUGAAACCGAAUUUCCUGAUUGGUUCGAGAAAUAUGUACACGAUCAAUCGAAUGGAAUAACUAAUGAAUAUAUUCAAGACCUUGCUAAAGGGCCAUUGAGAAAAGUAAAAUCGUAUUCUGGUUACAUGGUCAAUGGUUUUAAAUUUCACACUCUUAGUUGUGGGUCUUCCAAAAGCACCAUGAAUAGUGGGGUCUGUAUUAAAGGAUCAAAAUUCAGCGUUGAGAAUGAUUUUUAUGGACGAUUAGUCGAUGUGGUUGAGGUUGGAUAUGAUGGGUUCCACACGAACACAACAAUUUUAUUCAAAUGUGAAUGGUUUGACCCCACAGCUCGCGGAAUGAAUAUUCAUAACAGCUACAAGCUUGUGGAUAUCAAUCAUAAACGCCGUUUUAAUAGGUAUGAGCCUUUUAUGUUGGGGAUGCAGGCAAAACAAGUGUUCUUUUGUGAAUAUCCGGGUGCAGGUCGUGAUAAACGAGACUGGUGGGCUGUGUGCAAUGUUAAAGCAAGGGCUUUUGUGGAAGUUCCAUUAUCAGAUGAUAAUAAUGCCGAGAUACAAGUGAUGCCACCCUAUCAAGAAGAUGAGAGAAACGACGAUUCAGAUGAAGAGCUUGAUCAGAUUCAAUCACGUCAUGGACAGAGAGGUGGCCAUGUAGGACGAGGAGGGCAUAUAUCCAAAUCGAGAAGGCCAAAUCUUUUAUCACCAUCUCCUCCAUCAGGUAUACUGUACCAUUGA